AUUGACCGAAACUUAAUUAGAUAAGAGUGACCGACUGUCAUAAUACUACGUCACAAAUAUAUCAUGGCCAGCUUCAUUAGCAGGAAAGGUAGUGUUACCGAUUUCCUAAUUAUUGCAGUAUUGUUUUGCGACAUUUCGAUCAUAACUAAACAUGAACUGGAGAAGACUGAGGUAAUCUUGAGUAGAGGAGGUAUAUACAUACAAUAGUUUUUAAUCAGGUUUACUUUUGAAAAUCUGACACCAAACUUCAUACGGCUGGUAACUAGUUGUUUCCCGUAAGACACAAAAGCAUCGUCAGAAACCUCUUUCUCAAGCUUCUUUACUUCAAGUGGGGACCAUCUUUUGAAUUUUCUCAGAACUUGCUAGCCAAUCUUCAAUUCUCGCAAACCUCAAAUAAAAUAGUGUUUUCAGUUCAGUUUGUUUACUUCGUUCGCGUCUUUAAAACACGCUCAGCAUUCUUCGCUAUAAAGUUUGGAGUAAACAACCACUUUAUGUAAUUGGUUCUGCCUUGUUUGUUUAUUCUGAACAAGUCUCAUAUAAAAGCAAAUACAGAAUCAGUCAAUCGGGAUUCAAGAUUCCGUAUACAACGCAGUAUUAAUAUAUCCUCUAGUAUUUUUAUUUUAUUCUUGGGUCGAAAUCAUCCAUUCUUAUAAGCUAUCGUCCAUUUAUUGCUUUCCUUGGAAAACCUGAUUAUCGUUUUUCAAAAUGGGGAAAUUACUCACGACCAUGAUGUUGGUCUUCGUGUCCAUGGCCGGCUGGAUGUUUGGCGCUGACACGGGUUCCAUUGGUGGUAUUACCAGCAUGAGAGACUUUCAAUCGAGAUAUGCAGACCGCUAUGAUCCGGUUGCCGACACAUAUUCGUAUUCUUCAGCACGUCAGGGUCUUCUGGUCGGUAUGGUAAACAUAGGUACAACAAUCGGUUGCUUACUUUCUUCACCCUUAGCCGAUCGUUUUGGUAAAAGAAAAUGUAUCAUGGGAUGGGCUUUGGUCUAUAUAAGCGGCAUCAUUGUACAACUUACCACAGUUCCUUCUUGGGUUCAAAUCAUGGUCGCAAAAAUUUGGACUGGUCUCAGCAUUGGAGCCCUUUCGGUUAUUGCUCCAGGUUAUCAGUCUGAAUCUGCUCCACCACAGAUUCGCGGUGCCAUUGUCACUACUUACCAACUUUUCAUUACUGCUGGUAUUUUCAUCGCUGCAUGUGUCAACAUUGGCACACAAAAGCGUCAUGGAACUACACAAUGGCGAGUUCCAAUCGGUAUUAACUUGUUAUGGGGAAUUUUGAUGUUUUUAGGUAUGCUCUUUUUAAAGGAAUCUCCACGUUAUUUGGCAAUGAGAGGGCAAAACGAAGAGUGCAUGCAGAUUUUGUGUCGCAACUCCGGACUUACACCAGAUCACCCUUUAAUGCAAAAGGAAUACAAUGCUAUUCAAACAGACGUGGAAGCUGAAACUGAAGGUGGUCCCUGCAGAUGGAUAGAAAUCUUCCAAAGUCCUAUCCGUUACCGUACAUUAUUAGGUAUGGCAGUUAUGGCUUUCCAACAAUUAACUGGUAACAACUAUUUCUUCUAUUACGGUACUCAAGUGUUCCGUGGUACCGGUUUGAACUCUCCUUUCUUGGCUUCAUUGAUUCUCGAUGCUGUCAAUUUUGGCUGUACCUUUGGUGCCAUCUUCGUCCUAGAGUACUUUGGUCGUCGUAACCCCCUCAUUUUUGGUGGUAUUUGGCAAUCUAUUUGCUUCUUCAUUUACGCUUCAGUUGGUGAUCGUGCUUUAACACGCCCCAACGGGACCUCAAAUCAUCGUGCUGGGGCUGUCAUGAUUGUCUUCUCUUGUCUCUUUAUUUUCUGCUUUGCUCAAUCUUGGGCUCCUGCAGCAUACGUUAUUGUUGGUGAAUCCUAUCCCAUUCGUUACCGUUCCAAAUGCGCUGCCGUCGCUACAGCAAGCAAUUGGUUUUGCAACUUUUUGAUUUCGUUCUUUACUCCAUUUAUUAGCAAUUCCAUUGGCUUCAAGUAUGGAUAUCUUUUUGCAUCUUGCAACCUGACAGCUGCUGUUAUCAUCUUCCUCUUUGCCAAGGAAACGAAGGGUCUUACUUUGGAAGAAAUUAACCAACUCUACAUGUCUUCUAUAAAACCUUGGCAAAGCGGAGCUUAUAAGCGCAACCGUGACGAGGUGCAGAAUCGGGAGCCAGAAAAGUCUCGUGGGCCAAAAUCCAAAUUUAAUGAAUACGUUCAGCAUGGACCAGAUACUCAUUCCGAUGAUAAUUCAGUGACAAGUCGACAGAAUUAUCCUCAGCAGGUCACGAAUCCUGUCGGUCUUUAAGGUCACAUUUGUACGAGACGAAACUUUCGUUGUCUGUUAUUUUGUAUGUUCAUGUAAGAAAAUGUAAGACGGAUCUGGAUUGGAAUAAGAAUGAAAAUGUCAAAACAGCUGGCACAUGGAGUAUUAGAAAGAUGCAUAUCCUUACUUUUUUUAGGAUUAAAACUAAACGAAUUCCUGACAUAGGAAUAUUCCUUUGUUUAUUAUGUAGUAAAUUUAUUUAUUUUCGG